AUGCUGGGCCUUCAUCGUCAUGGAGUUGACAUUCUCAGCAUUGAGUCGUCGCUGCGCCGCGCAAGGAUCGUCUUCAACCACAUGGACAAAGAUGCCAUGGAGCCUCAUGCCAAGAUUUACCGCCGAUCUCGAUCUUCUCCACCUCGAACACCAUGGUGGAGGGGCAGUAGAGACCAGGCUUCAGCUGCACAGGAUGAAGGGGUGCCAGCGCGACUACUGGGAAUGAGCAGUAUGGAGUAUUCCAUCGAGAAGCUGUCUGAAAGCCUGCAUGAGGAGCUACACCACUUCCUGCACACUUUUGGAACCAGGCUGGUUGCCAAGGAGGCUGCUUUGGCAGAGGCUGUGGACCGCCUGUCCGAGUCUACAAGCACAGUCGUGGCCGAUCUCAGAAGAAAGUUUGAGAAAGCACUGGCGGAGGAGCGAGAGAGAAAUGCAAAGGAGGUCGGGCGCUUGCGCCAGGUUGCGGACCGAAGCCAAGCGGACAUGCAGCACGCAGUGAAAGUGCAGCACCAGGCAGUGGAUGAGCUUACUCGAGAAUUUCGCGGAAGGUGGCAAGAGGUGGAGGAUCGAAUGCAGACGAAGCUGACGGCAGAGAUCGCAGACAUGACAAGGCGACCAGCGGUGCAGCCGCUGCAACCGUCGAGCAAAGCUGCAGCUCCUGCCGUGGAGAAGAUUAUGCCGCAGCUCCGGGAGCUUCAGUGGCACCAGACUGGCAUCAGCACGUCUAUCAGCACCUUGCAACCGCGACUGGGGGCCUGCGAGGCGAAGCUCCAUGCUCAGGAUGUCGUCCUGGACAGCUUGGCCAAGCAGGUCGGCGAUGCUUGCAAAGCCUUGGCCUCGCUGUCGACCAAAGCAGUGGCCGCAGAGAACUUGGAAGGCUUGCAGCAGAAGCUCCUGGCCGCGGAGCGGCGAAUCCAUGCGUCGGAGGUUUCAACGGAUUGCCUGAAGAAUCAAGUCCAGCAGCUGAGGGUGCAACCUGGGAUCGGAGAGAUUCCAUUCCCUGGUCCGGACAUGGGGGCUCGGAGCGACGGCAUGUUGGCUCGGCAGCUGGGUCUAGAGAAGAUCUUUGGCGACUUUCGGCGCGGGAUCCAGAGCCCAAAGCACUGUCGAAACCACUCGCCGCGCAACACCAGGGAAGCCGCAACCUUCAAGCGGCUGCCUUUUGGAGUGGGUCGUCCAUCUGGCCGCGAGGUAUCCGCCAGCGAGCAGGCACCCUUCUUGGUGGCCCAGUCGGCGGGCGUCCGAGGAAGGCCCUGGAUCACCGGGUUCCAGACCAUGCGAACGCCGGAGCAUUGGCGCCUAACGCACCAGGAGCAGAGUCCAAGCAGCAGAGAUGCGCGAGCCGCCCUCAUGCUGAUGUAUGUGACGGGCAGCUGCGCGCCUGCCAAGCCCGGCAAGCGUGAGUGGGCGCUACGACUGAGCGUGUCCGCGAAGUGGGUUUUGCUGCAACUUUUGGCGGUGGCCGUUGACCUCGCCACACUGCUGGCUCACAUUGCAGACGUGGGCGUGUCGGCGCUUUGGGCGAGCAGCCCUCCAUCGCCAUCCCAUGCCAUGAAGCUCGUCUUCUUGUCCGUGGCGUACUCCGCCGAUGUCGGCUUGCGUGUUUAUGGCCUCGGUACGCAGGUCUUUUUCUCGAAGUGUUGGAACCGGUUUGACACCGCGGUCGUGAUCUUGACGAUCGCUGGUGCUGUCCAAACUCUCACCGAGUGGGCUGGGCACACAGGCCCAUUCAGGUUUCUGCGGCUCUUGCGCGUCUUCAGGAUCUUGCGAGUCAUCCGCAUCGCUGUUUUUGUCAGCCAUGCGUUGCCUCGGUGUUGUCAGCGUAUGCGGCGGAUCACGGGCGAGAACAAGCGGCGGUUUGUUUCGCUCGAGGAAGACUUCGAUUUGGAUCUGGUAUACAUCACGCCGCGCCUGCUCAGCAUGAGUGUGCCAGCCGACGGAUGGUUGAUGCAAUUCUAUCGGAAUCCACUGUCAGAGGUGGUCCGCUUCUUCGAAACCUUCCAUCCGCAGAGCUAUCUCAUCGUCAAUGCGUGCCCGGAGAUUCCUUACAACGAGGCCGCCUUCCGAACUGGGACCGUGGAGAGGUUUGACGUGAAGGACUUCCAGGGUGCUAGGAGCCUCCACGACAUGAUCAAAUGGUCUUCACGCUCGCAUGUUCCCUGUGCACAUGCGCCGCAGCUCUGA